GUGCGCUCCGCGCGGCUCGGGCUGCUCCGCUCUUCCACGUCGCUUUGUGCCCUGGUUUAUUUUCUCCCCGCGGUACUUAACUCGCACGGGAGGUUCAUUCGGUCACUGCACGAAGGCCCGCUUUUUGAGGGGCUUCUUGGCGAAGCCCCGUGCCCGUCGCUCAGCAGUGCAGGUGUUAUUUCAGAGGAGAGCAGCUCCCCUUCUCAGCACGAUAAAACGUAUCGCAGUGCUGCUGAUGCUGCGCUCAUGAUCGGGAAUUGUUUCCCGAAUGUAAGCCGGCCCUUUUCACGUUAGCAUUUUCAGGAGGGUGAAGAACCGUACCUUAAACGCGCAUCUCAAACUUGACGAGCAGAGGCAAGGCUAUUGUCCUGCUGUUUACUUAUUAGCUUUCUGCUGGUGCCUUGCAAGAUACUCCCGGUUUGCUGUAUAGGACCAUGAAAUGGCAGCCAGGGCUUUACCUGAACCCAACUCCCUGAUGAACUCUUCAAUGUAACCCUGCAGAGAUGACUGUUAGAAUCCCGAUCCAUUCUCUGGUCGGGCGAUUUGCCUCUGUGUCCAUCACCUUCUGCGUCAGAGUUGUGGAAUAUGUUGUGUUUGUGGCUUGGUGUGAUCUGAGUGGUGGUUUUCUGCCUGCACUAAGUGGGCAUCAUCUGAGAUGUUCUACAGCAGAAUGGCUCAUUUCUGGUUGGCAACAGAUUUAAAGCAACCUUCUCUUGAGACUGCUGUUGCUCAGUGGCAGUUAUCUGGUUGCAGAAAAGACAGGAGCAUUUAAGAGAUGAUGUGACCAUGAUAGAAGAAACAUUAUUGAGGGAAUUUCGGGGGGUUUUUGGUUUUGGUCUGUUCAAGUAUUGCAGUAAAUGUAAUAAUGUAAUUUAGGUUAAGUCCAAAACACUUGAAUAUCAGAAGGAGUGGUUCUAUCUCAGGUAUUUGUGCUAAAUAGAAAGUCAGAGGAUGGGGGAAAGGAAAUUACAUCACAUCGUCAAAUAAGGAACAGCUAGCUAGAGUGGAUGACUUGUAGUGCAAAAAUGUGCCCCUCCUCCUGUGAAUUGCUUUUGAGAUUCAUUACAGAUACGUGGUGGCAAGGUGAGCAAAAAUAAGUUGUCAAUUUAAGGUAGCCACAUAUUUUUUCCCCUCCCAGAAGCGUUAAGGAGAUCUCACUCCCACGCUUUCUUGUGUCUUACAAGCCAUGCACGAGCUCUUAGCCUGUGUUGCAUUUAUAAAGUUUGUCCAAGAUUGAUGUAGGAAUUUGGGAAAAUCUUCACAGCAGACAUAUCCACUAUGUGAAGUGUUUGUAGAUGUUGUACAAACCAGAAUCCAGUUUCCCUUAUUAUGAAACUAGUUUGCCUCAAAUAGGUUGUAGCAAUGGGACUGGGGUGUGAACGGGGAACAGAGUAACAAGGUUUUGUUAUCAGUGAUUGUCCUGAGCUAAGGUAUGUAAAAAUGCUUCUUCCUUCCUAAGUAGAAGAAUGCUCACAGUGUGGCUGCAGUAAUUAGCGAUCCACACAGCGUGAAAACUAUAUAUUGGGUGGUGAUGGUUGUUUCCCAGUGCACUCCAACGCUGGAAUUGCCACGGUUUAUAUCGACACUGUAGUAUUAGUAGCUGUAGUUUUAUUCUGGACUAACCACGUUCCUUUUGAAUAGCACUGAAACUGCACCAGCUUCAGAAGCGCUCAGAGCGCUGCGAUCGAAGUGCCAGAAUCCAUGUGGAAGUAGGACAGAUGAGCAGAGCAACCGGAAACCCGUUCUGAGUAACACACGUUGUGCAAAUGAGGAGCACGCAGGCACGAGGGAUCCAGAAAGCUGCGUAACUGCGUGGCGUCCACUUUCUUUAGCUAACGCCUGGUAUUAUUUAUGGGAAUGCAAACUGCAAGAAGCCUGUCACCCCCUGUGAGUUUCUAGAAUUGGGAGACAUCACAGAGCAGUACACAAUGUCAACUGCAGGAGUUGCUGCUCAGGAAAUGAGAGUCCCACUGAAAACUGGAUUUCUUCAUGCUAGUCAAGGCAUGGGGGGUCUGAAAACCUGCUGGAGUAGCCACAGUGGAUUUGAGAAUACUUUCUUUAACGUGGAUCCCAUAGCAGUGGCAUAUAACUUGAAUCCAUCAGCAGAGCAACGCUUGCCAUCCAUCGGGCACUCCUCCAACUGCGUUUCCACAAAUGACCACGGCUUUGCUGAAAGUUGCAUCCAUGUCCCAUCUCAGAAAUCUAGUCCAGCUCCUGUAAGUCCCAAAAAUGAGCAGCCUAUUUCAAGAUAUGAAGACCAGCUCAUUCCUGGCUUUAGUAAACUGUCAUUAACCACAGGCUGUGUUUCUGAAGAAACACCUCCUCACAUGCCAAUAAAGAAUGGGCCAAUUCAGUUUCUGUCUGCAUCCUCCCAUGAUCGUAGCUCCAGGCCGCUGCCCCCUCUGCCUGUCCAUGAGGAUGUUACUCCAGAUGAGGUUGACAGAGAAGUGGAAUUCCUGACUAGCUCAGAUACAGACUUCUUGUUAGAAGAUUAUGGACUUCCUCCUUUUAAAUCCAGUGGUUCGAGUCGGCGGAGCUUUAGAGGUUGUGGACAAAUCAAUUAUGCAUAUUUUGAUGCUGCAACAGGACCAAAACCAGAAGAUGCCAACCCUACACAAAGCCUAAAUGGAUGCAUAUCCGGUAUUUACCCUCCUCCGCAGCAACUGCAUCGACGUUUGCGAAGGUCCCAUUCAGGACCAGCUGGCUCUCUUAAUAAGCCAGUAGCAAGACUAUCCGGACACUUAAACAGGUCUUCUCCAAACUCUGAUGAAGAUAAACCAGAGAUCCCCCCAAGGGUUCCCAUCCCUCCAAGGGCUCUCAAACCAGAUUACAGAAGGUGGUCAGCAGAAGUUGCUUCUAGCGCAUACAGUGAUGAAGACAGGCCUCCCAAAGUACCCCCUAGAGAACCUUUGUCUCGUAGUAAUUCCCGUACUCCAAGUCCCAAAAGCCUGCCAUCGUACCUCAAUGGGGUUAUGCCCCCCACCCAAAGUUUUGCACCUGAUCCUAAAUAUGUCAGCAACAAAGCUCUACAAAGACAAAACAGUGAAGGAUCUUCCAACAGGGUCCCUUGCAUUCUUCCAAUUAUUGAAAAUGGUAAGAAGGCCAGUUCAACACACUACUAUCUGCUGCCCGAAAGGCCUCCCUAUCUGGACAAGUAUGAGAAAUUCUUCAGAGAGGCAGAAGAAAGUAGUUCUAAUACAGAGGUUCAGUCCUGGUCUGGUGACUGCAUGGCCACCUCAGUCCCAAGACUGGACUCAAAACCUAGAAUGGACAUAGCUGGUCAUCUGAAACGAAAGCAUCUGUCUUAUGUGGUUUCUCCAUAGUCUCUGGGAGCACAGCUCAUCUGGGUUGUUGAGGAUGGAUGGAGCCAAAUUUUACCAUGUUAAAAAAAUCUUAAGGUUCUCAAAUAAAGUAGGACAGUUUGUCCUUUGAGAACUAGGUAGUGGAUGGUAAAGUACUCUUAGGCUGCAUCUCUCUGGUAUGUUUCUUAAGACUGUUUUUUGUCUUGGUACAUAUACCUGAAAACUGACAAAGAUUGCACAGAAACAUACAGAGAUGGUAGUUGCAGUUGGCCAGUUAUAUGCUACCUUAGAUAAGUGUAUCACGUUAUCAAAAUAAGUCUAAAAAAAAAAUCUAACUUUGCUUAUGAGUUCCUUACAAACCUGACAACAGAGCAGAUAAUGCAGUACAGUUUUCGUAUCAGGCAUUUCUAAAAUUUCUUUUGCACAGUAACUGCCAAGAAGAGAUUCUAUUCUCUUUCACUAUGAUAUGCCAGCCUGGUAAGAGGGUGACUGCAAUAUCACAUAGAUAACUGAUAACUUUGAGGCCUGUUGAGCAUACUGAAAAUAUUUUUAGAAUAUUGAAUCCAUUUUACAACUUAAUUGGCAAGCAGUAGACUUACUUUCAAAGUGAAGCAGCAUGGAACUGAGAUAGGCUUCGUGGAUUCUUUUAGUUCUGGACACUGGGCUCAAUUUUGCAGUUCUUCCUCUGAGAGACAGAUAUGGACAGAUACUGCUAAGCUGCUGCUGCUCUUUUCCUGGAUCCUAGAAAGGUAUAAGUGUCAUAAAAGUGGCAGAGGAUAUGAGCAAGUAUAUGAUUGCUAUAAGUAGGCCACAACAAUUACAUGCUCAUCUUGCAUCUGAAAUUGGGUGUAUUAAACAUAACACAAGCUGGUCUUGUGUUCUGGUUUCUAUUCAGUAUUUUAGGAGAGGAGGAGAGUAUGGGGAAAAAAUAUGAUUCCACUUAUGAACAGUGUCACUCCUAUCUGUCUCUGCUUCUGACACUGUUUCUUGCUGUUUAAUUUUUCCUCGUUCUGCUUCUAUGUUCCAGUAAAGUUCAUUGAGUUGCCAUGUUUGUGCAUUAGCAGUUUCUCAUGAUUACAUUUAUCCUCUCGCAGAUAAGCACAGAAGAAAGGGUGCUCUUUAAUGGAGGUACGAAAGAUGAACGCGUUCCUCCUAACAGAAACAGAUGAGCUGUUUACACUUUGAACUGCUGAAUGAGAUGUUUGAGCUAUUUUAAAGCUUACUUUUUGUUUUAGUACAAACUAAAUGAAGGUGAAAUACAUGCUAUAGAAAUGCACUGAUAUUUCUGCAUCAUGUACAGUAUUGAAUAAAGAAGAAUUCACUUUGUAUUUUGAAUAUUGUCAUGUCUUGAGUUUAAUAAAGUUAUAAUAUACUUA